CUGCUAUUAAAAGAUGAGCAACGGUCACUUCCACUUGCCUCAGAACAAAACAAUCUUUUAAUACUGACUUUCAUCUGCUUGCUGAAACUAUAUAUACCCGUCAAACAGCAAAAUUGAUCCCAAAACAAUCUCACCUUAUGUCCAUUGAAUCUGAAACUUACUCAUGACUAGUGCUGUGCUAAAAUGAACAUGAAUGAGAACGCUGCUUAAAUUGAAUCAAUCCUUCAAAAAACUCUUACACCAAUUGACUAGAAUGAACUUGCUGCUCUGCCCCCCUGAACCCCCAAUCGACUUAAAACUGUACUGAACCCCUCCAACCGUCCUUUUAAAGACCCUCAGAGGGUAUUCCAUCAACAUCAACGGAACAUGGUUACACAUCGCUUAGUUUUACCAGACUAGAGUGAGCCACAUUCUAACAUCAACCUUAGCAUAUAGUUUUAUGCGAUAUGUAUAAUUAUACACACAUAGCUAACUAUUUUAGGGAAGACAAGAGCAUCACCAUUAGUAGGAAGUUUUCCUAACAUACAGUUGGAUCUGGUAAGUGCUACAUUUCAUCAGUGAUAAUCAUUCAUUCAAGUGUAUGUUAUCUUUCAGUUGAAUAACUUUUGGGACAGCAAAUUUGUCUUUGGCAGAAGUUGGUGAUAUCUACUGCUGGAAACUGCUGGGGUUCUUUCCGCUAAGACAAUAAUUAUUAUCAGUGAAGUUUGAGGAAGGGGAGGGAGAUCUCUCAUCCUGUUAUAGAGUCACUUCUUACAAAAUUUGUAUCAUUAUUUUUGUGAAGGUAGGCCUGACAGAUGUGCAGUCUUUACUUCCCCGUACUUGCACUCUUAUGAAACUCAAUCCAUCAUGACUGUGACGAUAACACUACAAAAACGGCACAACACCCACAUCCAUAGAACCUUAAUUCCUACCAAAAUGAUAUUCACCUUUACUGGAAGUGCUGAACUGAAGCUUUUUAUACCUACAUAAGCAUAUAGCUUUUAAGACUUUAAUUUUCGUCUGUUUCUCAUCCACUGUCAUGUGUAAUCUGUGUUGUAAGACAGCCAGUAUAUAUACUAUGUUCAAUAACUAUGAGCUACAUGUGCAAUUUUGUGUGUGGUUCCCCUGCAUGUGAAAAAAAUUGAUCCUGGUGUGUCUGGGAGUUGUUCUUACUGCUUGAGUUCUGACACCAGAGACUAAGUGAGUAUUGUAACCCCCUUCAUGAACCACUUUUAGUCGACUGGCAACAUGCAUGAUAAUGACAGAAGGUGAGAGAUGAGAGAAUAUGAGAGUCAGUGUUUCUUGUCCACUGUCAGCUGAGGCUUCCGGUACUCCUCGCUCCUCAUAUAUAUGCUCCUCUAUGAUUUUGCCAGUGACACAGAUGAUGUGCUGUUCCUUCCAGUACUUGACCAUGUUCAGAGCGUGCAGGGUGCUGCUGUGAUGCUCGUCUGGUGGCUGCAGGGAUGUUCCUAUAUAGUAAGGUACAUUCCCAGUUGGACCAGUGCCGUCUUUGGUGGUUUAAUUAUCCCGGUCUGCUCCUACAUACUGAGUGAGUAUAAUUAUACUGUGCCAUAACACAGUGGUGGUUUGUCUUGUGUUUUGUUGUGUUGUAGAUUAAAACCCCUACCAGCUGAGUUGCCCUGGUAGCUCAGUUGGUAGAACGACUCGCCUAGACUGCAGAGUGUCAUGGGUUCAAAUCCCACCCAGGGCAGCUCUUCUUCUUUUAUUUGAAAAGAAAGAGCUGUCCUGGGUGUAGUUGACUUGUUUGCCUUGCCUUGUCUUUCUACCUCGUUACCAAGUUGUUGAGACAAUAAUGCAUUUUAGCUGUGCCCGCCACGAACGCAAACGUCUGCAGCAGAGAGACACUAUGCUAGAGAAUUGUUGCUCAAUCACCCAAAGUAACAGACUACUGUCCUAAACACAAGCUGGUGGUGAAACUGUGGCCAACUCUUACAGAUUUGCUCCAAGUAUGGGUGUAGCUAAUAGCCAACAGGAUAAGUAUAGAGCAGCAAACCUCUGUAUUAUAAAUAACAUUAUAGAUGUGAAAGCAAACAGGGUGUCAAGAGCCCUAUUAGGUUGACUUCUAGUACCUCAGGUAGGGUUAGUAGCUGCAGGAUUAUCGGUACUGCGCAUGCGUCAGGAUCACGUGCCUAGCCUGUCAUGUCGAUGCGAAUCCAGCCAGCGAGAGAACAAUCGUCCAUUCAGCGCCAAUUCGCUGCGCUCUUCGAUGCCUGACCGAGACUGUACCUCUUUCCAAUCUUCGUGGUUCCAAUAGCUAACUGAGUAGCUAUUGUAUAGACGAGGGAUGAAUCUUCGAUGUGACAGCAUGACAUUAUCGCGUAUCCCCCGGCCAUGACGUAACGCCCACGUCGUAGCUACAGUCAAUAACGCGGUGGUGGGCGUAAGAGUUUGUCUGGUCGCCGGCAACGCACACGCGAACCUCAUCCCUGUAUCUUUAGCAAGCUUUCUUUGGAAAGAAAAAAGGAUGGAUCAUUCAAACGCGAUGGAGAUGAAUGAUAAUAUGAUGGAGAUGAACGGAACAGCGAUGCAUCAUAUGGGCAUGGGUAUGGGCAUGCAUAUGAUGAUGUUCUUCCACUUCUCAAAAGACAUUCCGCACUUUCUCUUUGAGUCAUGGAGUGUGCAAACUACCGAAGAGCUGGUUGGAGCAAUUGUCUUCAGCUUUGCUCUGGCUGUUGUGUAUGAAGGGCUGAAGACAGUCAGGAAUAUGGUUGCCAAGAAGACAAAGCACUUCCUUUACCAACCAAACCAAGAGAAAUCAAAAAUAAGCAUGGAACUUGACGCACCUGUUAUUAAAUGCAGGCGUAUCAAGCUCUGGCUGAUGCGUGUGGUGCUUGCACUGAUGCGGACAGUGGAGAUUGGGCUUGCCUACAUUCUCAUGCUCCUGGCAAUGACCUACAAUGGAUGGCUGUUCCUCAGUGUGAUCCUUGGAGCAGGGUUUGGAUUCUUCAUCUUCCUCAUUGUCCAGCCAUCAAACGUCAUCACUGAUGACCAUUGCGGAUAAUUUUUGCUUUUAUAUCAGACUGGUAACUUGAAAUAGGGAACAAAUUGAGUGAUGUAUUAGACAGUGGUUAGCCCACGCCAUAAUGAAAUAUGAGCGCGCUAAGAUCUACUGCGGCCCAAAACACCCACCGCGUCACCACGCAC